AUGGCUUGCAACAUUGUAUGGUGUGUGAAGAGGACCGACCAGCUGUGGAGGCACCUCUUGUCAUUCUGCAGCGCGCUUGGCAGGGCAGGUACGAAGCUCCCCAGCAGCCCACCGCCCGCAUCGACCCCAAGCUGGUGGCCAAGCUGGGCGGAGGCCCUGGCAAACAAUGCCUGCAUCGAAUGCCCCAACCAGGGUUGCCCCAAGAUCUUCAGCACAGUUCUAGGCUUGCAGUACCACUUCCGACGAUGCCGCCUCAUGCAGCUCUACCGCUGCCUCAACUGCUGCGAGGCCACAUUUGCUCGUCCAAAGACUCUGCUGGACCACCUGCGCAUCUGCUACCCGGAGCGCCCUGAAGGAGACCAGCCUCGUAGAUUCUCAGAAGUUCCAUGCGGCCACCGGCGCUCAGUCGUGUCUGCUGCCUUGCCAUCCCUGCGGCUGCCAGCACAGUUGCCAACCACAAUGGGACCCAUGCUUCACCACGUAGCCCAACACAUGCGACACGUGCAGCGACAGAGCCAGUGCUGGAAGGAGACACUGUAUCCAGGUUGGAUGCCCAGUGGCUGGCAACUCCUGGACCAACCCCACAGGGAGGCAUGCCUGCCGCGUUUCCGGGAGAGUCCUGCCCUGCGGAGCCACUGUGCUGGGCAAGCCACCACGCAGGAGUGGCAGCGGCUGCCCUUGUUUGGGUGCCUGUCCCCCUCAGACUCCCACGUGACCUUCUACCCAGGUGGCGCCAUCUGGGCUGCCGCAUGGUGUCCCUUACCGCCAGACCGGAAGCAACGGAGCCCUCACGAGUGGGUGGCACUGUCCUGUUGCCCAGACCCAGAUAAGGAGCACCCGCUGACUGAUGCUGUGGCUGAGCCUGGCCUCUUGCAGAUCUGGGACCUUGGACCCUUGCAGCUGAACAGGAAUCCGUGUGGCAUGUCACCACCACAGCUGGGCCUCUGCCUUGCGCAUGACUUUGGCUUUGUGGCUGGCUUGGAUUGGUGCCCCUCUGGCUGCCACCAGCAAGGGAGCCGACUAGGCCUACUGGCCCUUGCCUGUGGAGAUGGCUGUGCUCGCAUUCUCAGCAUCCCCGACCCAGACGGCUUGCCACCAGCCCAGGCCCCGAUGUAUCGAGUGGACAGUGAGUGCCAGCUGCUGCGCAUUCCGCCAGGACCCUUAGGCGCAGUGCCCUGCACCCGCGUGGCAUGGGAUGUGGCCAGAAAGCACCGCCACAUUGCUCUGGGAUUCUCUGAUGGACGAGUGGCGGUGUUUGGUGUGGGCCGAGAAGAGGAGCCCCUGUGGGUGUGGCAGGCCCACCAGGGUGCCAUCACAGGCCUUGGCUGGACACCCCAGGGCCACAUUUGUACGGCAGCCAUUGACCAUGCAGCCAGGGUGUGGGACUUGCACAGGCCCGGCCUGGUGCCAGUGUCAGCCAUUGUGAAGAAUCCUGCCCGGCAGAUGGCACUAUCCCCACACUGGAAUGGCCUCUUUGUCGUUGGCGAGGAGUCGGCCAUUGGUGGGCCUGCACAUUCUCUGUUCCGGGAGAAUGGCUACUAUGGAUACACGCCCAAGACACUGGUGCCCCACUAUGCCACGGUCUGGGGAGUGACAGUGUCUCCCUGGAGCAAUGUGGUGGCUUCGUGCGAUGCAUCUGGCAAGGUGGCUGCCAUCUGUCUGCCAUACCUCUCUGCCAACUUGGAUUUUCUCAAGAACCACACCAAGACGCGCCUGCCAUUGUUCCGGGCCGCGCUGGUGCCACUGGGAGAGGAGCAAGGGAAGGGCCCAACACAGCAAGGGGGCCACUCACUGGCCAAUAAGCAGUACGGCAUCUCCUUUGAGGACAUCCCCCUGGAUGAAGAAAGCUCAUGUAUUCAACCGGCACACAGUGAGAAGAACAAUUCUUGUGGCCAGUAUCAACUCAACUCCUUCAAUACGGUGUGCUGGAGCCCGAACCGUAGUAGCGCCAACUGGCUCUUUUCAGCGGGACAAGCAGGCGUGGCUCGUCUUUCAUGGCUUGGGCUCUACGGUCAGAGCCUGGAAGAUGCCACCUCGUGAUUUUAAAGGAAGGUUCACACCACCU